AUGCUUAGAUCUUUCCUUUAGUUGUUUCUGUUUACCACAUUUACAGAAGGCCAGUUGUAGUGUUUAGUCUGUUUUCUUCAGUUCUCUUGUUCUUUCCUUUGCUAGGAGAAUACACAUAGGGAAUUUUUAUACCUAAGAAGUGGAGGUUAUACAUGCUUCAUCAAUCAAUAAAAAUAAAGCAAACAGCUUUAGAGGGAUGCUGAACAAAAGGAUGCUGUAGUUUAGGAGCAUUUUUUAUUGUAUGCUGCAAUCUUGGGUCAUAUUCUACCCUACAGAAUGCAAUGAUUAGUGGGGACAAAAUACCUUUAUUAUGAUAAAAUAUGAAUGUUGAAUAUUACAACAUUAUGAAGACAAGCUGGAUAGAGUUCACCUGAAAAGUUUUGCAUUCAAUGAGAGAAAGAAGUUACUAAUUUUCAAGGGCACAAUGCAGAUGCUUGGUGUUGAGAAAAGUAUGGAGAAAGUUGCUAAUGAAGAAGCUGUCAUCCAUUUUCCACUGAUGAUUAAAUGCCUGACUUUAUAUCCAGUUUUAAUUUGUAAUGCUCUUUUUGUCCUAUCCACCAAAUGAAGUACAGUCAGGGAAACUGGGUUGUCCUUAAACUUACUUAAAAAGUAAGAGUUCUUACUUUCAUUUUAAUGUUGCUAUAUUUUGUCUUUGCAGUGAAGAGAAUACACCACUAGAUUUGGAUGAUCAUGGUGGCAGAACUUUCCUGAGAGUUUUGCUCCAUUUAACAAUGCAUGACUAUCCUCCACUAGUAUCUGGGGCACUUCAGCUACUCUUCAGACACUUUAGUCAGAGGCAAGAAGUCCUCCAGGCUUUUAAACAGGUUCAACUGCUUGUUACCAGCCAAGAUAUUGACAAUUAUAAGCAGAUAAAGCAAGACUUGGAUCAGCUGAGGUCCAUUGUUGAAAAAUCGGAACUCUGGGUAUACAAAGGACAGGGGCCUGAUGAAGCUGCAGAUGUGACAACAGGAGAAAAUGAACAUAAGAAAAAGGAGGAAGGUCGCAGCAAAUCCUCUAAACCGGAAAGCACUAGUAGCUACAAUUAUAGGGUAGUAAAAGAGAUUUUGCUUCGCCUUAGCAAGCUUUGUGUCCAGGAGAGUAUCUUGGUCAGGAAAAGCAGGAAACAGCAGCAGAGAUUGCUCCGAAACAUGGGGGCUCAUGCGGUGGUACUGGAACUCUUACAAAUCCCCUAUGAGAAAGCUGAAGAUAUACGCAUGCAGGAGAUCAUGAAACUGGCCCAUGAGUUUCUACAGAACUUCUGUGCUGGCAAUCAACAAAAUCAGGCUUUGCUACACAAGCAUAUAAAUCUGUUUCUCAACCCUGGGAUCCUGGAAGCCGUGACGAUGCAGCAUAUCUUCAUGAAUAAUUUCCAGCUUUGCAGUGAAAUUAAUGAGAGAGUGGUUCAACACUUUGUGCACUGUAUCGAAACACAUGGAAGGAAUGUCCAGUACAUUAAAUUCCUCCAGACAAUUGUUAAGGCUGAAGGGAAGUUCAUUAAAAAGUGUCAGGAUAUGGUCAUGGCAGAGUUGGUCAAUGCAGGGGAAGAUGUCCUUGUGUUCUACAAUGACAGAGCUUCAUUCCAGACAUUAGUGCAGAUGAUGAGAUCAGAACGGGACAGAAUGGAUGAAAACAGUGCUCUCAUGUAUCAUAUCCACUUAGUAGAAUUGCUGGCUGUUUGCACUGAGGGCAAAAAUGUCUACACCGAAAUCAAGUGCAACUCUCUUCUCCCCUUGGAUGACAUUGUUAGAGUUGUAACUCAUGAGGAUUGCAUACCUGAGGUGAAAAUAGCCUAUAUUAAUUUUCUAAACCACUGCUAUGUCGACACAGAAGUUGAAAUGAAAGAGAUUUAUACGAGCAAUCAUAUGUGGAAGCUCUUUGAAAACUUUCUUGUGGAUAUCUGUAGGUUGGUGUCAUAAAUCACAUUCUUCAACAAGGCACUCCCUCAGGCUGUAGA